GACAACCAAGCGCUGGAUCAACACAUUCUACGAUUCCCUUCUAUAUCUAUGCCAGUUUCUCUCUCUCUCUCACUCAAUUUAUGCCAAUUAUUUAUGAUAUACUAAUGAUAGUCAGUCAUAUAUUUGUCAUAUAUAUAAGUUAUUUACGCAAGUAAAUGAUAUUAUCUAACACCAUAAUUCAACCAUAUUCUAGUUGUUCUUAUACGUAUCUUUUAUAUUGUUGUAAUAUUUUCUUUUGAAAUUCAACAAUAUCCAAAUUCUGAUCGAUAAGAAAAAACAACAACAACAAAGAUUAGAUCAUUGCUCUUUGUAAACUAAACAACUUUAAUUCGAAUUUAUCUUGGUGAGUGAAAGAGAUAUCUAGAAUGGUACGGAAUCAGUCAGAAGUGCCAUUGGGCGAUAAGAAAUUUGAAAGAGGUUUCGUGACGAAUGGCAGUCAAAGAAAAACCCGACACAGCACGCAGUCAGCUCUUGUCGCGAUGUCAGCAUCUGUUUGGACUGGAGGAUCCACCGCAUAUGACGCUUUUGGCCGAAACCGCGAUGACACUAUUUUAACUCUUGAUGGAUUCAAGUCUGACCUCCAAGAAUCUGAGACUGAUGUUGACUUCAUUGAAACAAGCCCAUCAUCUUCAACCAAAUCGUCAGAUAUGUUUUACACUUCAGUAUCAUCUUCGUCCAACGAUGGUGGUCAGUCGUCUGAUUUGGACUCUUCUGGAGUACACAGUGGUAGUUUUUCAGUAAGUAGCUCACCAAAAGCGAAUAAUAGCAAAGAUUCUGAUAGAGACUCAGGGCGCCUCUCCAUACCAGAUUCUGCCAGUGAAUAUUCUUUGACUGAAACAAUAUCGGCAUGGGAUAUUUCAAUGCCAUCAGUCUCACCAGCUACUUCACAUUUAAAUCUACAUUACUCGGAAGAUGACUUGAGCAAAUAUGAAGACAAAACAGGUAAAAAAGACAAGAUUCGUUCAAGAAAAGACAAAAUCAUGAUGUCUAUUAAAACUUUUAAGAAGAAGAUCAUGAAAUUGUCAAAAACUAACCGAGAACCUGGAGAUGAAACAGAUACUUCAAAGCCUUCUGACGAAUCAUUAUAUCAGUGGGUUGUGGAUAGUCUGUCACAACUAGAUAAUGAAGGUAUCAAUUCUGAUAUUGAGAAAAAGAUGCUCUCUCGCCCUACUAAUGCUGUACCGUUAUACAUUGAAUGUCUGAAAAAAUGCAUUGAGAAGAAUCUGCUUUCUUGUCCCCCAUCCGAUGUAUACUCAGCUACUCAGUUUGAGAAAUACAAAGGCACUCUUAAUGAAAUCAAUCCAAUUUCCUAUGUCCUUCAAAGGCUUAAAGGCGACUUGCGUUUGGCAGAAGAAAAUUUUGUCCUUGAAUACAUUAAUAAGCCUAACAGAGGAAUGAUUUUGAUGGUUCAUUUGCUACAAGACAUCCAAGUGGCUGGAAUGUCUCUAUCAGAAACAGCCUCUAUAAUGGCAAACCAAGGACUCAAGUAUGAUGAAUAUCAACAACAACUGGAUGAUGAACAUGACUGUCUGAUGUGUCUCAAGUACAUGUUGAGGUUCAAAGCAGCUAUUCAAAAAUUUUUGGAUAUCCGUCACAGUCUUGAAACAGUUUCACACAGUUUAAUUAAUGGCAUAAGUAAAACCAAGCUGGCAGCUCUCCAGAUCUUUACUAUCUGCUUAACUGAAGUGAAUGGCCUCCAUUGUGUUUUGGAAGCAUUUUCAUACAUUUGUUUCAAGUUUGGGGAGCCCAUGCGCUUUAAACUACUGAUGAACAUGUUAAAGAAUACAACUUCUCAACAACUUAGCUUCCAGGUGGCAUGUUUGAGAUUUGCUAAUACCAUGUUAAAUGCAACAUCAACCCUUAAUCAUCGAGUUUUUCUGCAACAUCAGUUGCUGGCAGCUGGCUUAGAUAUUGAUUUCUUAGAAAAGCAAGAAACUGAGGGAAAUGGUUGCGAUCUGGCUGAGCUUCAUCAUGAAAUUACUAAUUGGAAGACCAAUUUCGUCAAUGUUGAAAGCAUUCAAGAGGAACAAAUAAUGGCUGAAAGCAGAAAUUCAAUUCUUCGUCGAGAGGUGGAUAUUCUUCAAACAAAAAUGAAAAAUAUUGAAAAUGAUUUUGAAUCUUCAAAAAGUCAUCUUACUGAGGCCAGUAAAAAAUCAAAAGAUUAUCAAGAAAGAGUCUUUGAAUUACAAGAAAAAAUGGAAACAUUAAUGCAAUUAUACGAAGAAAAAACUGGACAACUUGCAGGCAAAAAUAUAGUUGCAGAUGUAUUGCGUUCUGUGGAAGCCCCAGAGUUUUCACCAGUGCGUCGAGAUAGCGCUGCUUCAGUUACUUCAGCAGUAUCACAUGCUAUUCCUGCUCCUCCACCGGUACCACCAAUCAGGGAGAAUAACUCUAAUUACUCAUCCAAAAGAAAAUUUGAACCUAAAGUUAAUUUACCAGUCUUAAAUUGGCUCCCAUUGAGCAAUGUUCGAAAAACAAUUUUUGAAGAACUCAGUGAUGAUGUUGUAUACCAAGAAAUUGAUUUCUCUGAUUUUGAAACCAAAUUCCAGAUUUCUAAUAACAAUACCAAUGCUUUCAACCGAUCUUUUAAAUCUGUUCGCAAAUUAAAAAACAGACUGAAGGUGUUGGAUAAUCAUCGUGCGAGAAAUUUAGUUAUAACUCAAAGAAAGAUUGGUCACUCUGCCCAUCAAAUACGUGAAUAUAUUGACAAAUAUGACACUAAAAAUCUCCAUGGAGACUAUGCGGAACUUCUAUUAAAAUAUGUGCCUACCAAAGAUGAAGCAAAGAUUCUUUCCAGAUAUUCCAAAGACUAUUUCACAUUGGAUAUGUCAGAACAGCUUAUGUAUCAGUUGUCUCACAUUGAUAGAGUAGAGAACAAACUGAAAGUGAUGACUUUCAUGGGACAAUACCCAGAUAUUGUCAACAACCUGAAACCACAAAUUACCAAAAUCACUGAAUGCUCAAAAUCUCUAGCAGAUAAUGCAGAACUGAAGAAAAUUUUUGAGAUUAUUUUGGCAUUUGGUAACUACAUGAACAGUUCCAAGAGAGGUUGUAUUAAUGGUUUUAAACUGGAAUCAUUAACAAAAUUGUGUCAGAUAAAAUCCAAGGACAACAAUCAAACACUCCUGGAAUAUCUUGUUGAUAUCAUUUGUUGCUAUUAUCCAGCAUUAAUAUUCUGGUAUGAUGAUAUUGACUUGCACAUAAAGAGAUCAGCUUCAUAUCAAUCCAUUGCUGUUGAUAUAUUUACCUUGAGAAAAGGAAUUGAUCUGUUGAAGUUUGAGAGGGAGAAAAAUACAUCUAUCAAUGAAUCACUUGAAACAUUCUAUAACACAGCAACAACAGAGAUGCAUGCUGUAUGGGAAUCAUUUAAAUUGAUGGAAGAUAGUUACAAAGAUAUCUGUUCCAAAUUUGGUGAGAACUACAAGACAAUUGAUCCGGGUCUGUUUUUUAGUUACUUCAGUGAUUUUGCCCAGCAUUUCAAGAAAGCUCUGGAGAAGUCAUUUGGCAGCAACCAAUUAACAGCCGAAUCUAAAUCUCUCUCAACGGGUGCCAUUUACCAGCAGACAGAUUCUGAUUCUACAUCAUCUGGUGGAUUAAAUGCUCAGAAAUCUUCCCAAACUAGAAGAUCUUACACCAAGUUUAAACAAGGAGCCUUUCCUGCAGGAUCUCGAUAUGGAAGUAAAAGAUAUAUCAACUCUAAUGACAGAAGAAAAGACGAGAAGAGGAGAAGCUUAAGACGAGAGAUUCCCGUUUUAACAAACAGCAGUAAUACAAAGCAAUACCAUUCAGUUCGCUCAACAAGAGAAUUGCAGAACUUAAUGGCUAAAGGCCUUCGAAGUUAUAAGUCUCUGUCUUGUCUUGCAGAUGUAAACCUUUCAAAAACAGUAAACAUCAAAGAACAAUAUGCUAACAGAUUUAAUAAUGACUUGUCUUCUCAACACAUCUUGCCAGUCCAAUAUGAUUACAAAGGCAUAGGUAACAAAAUAACAUAUAUACAUUUCACAGACAAGCAGAUGCAAAAAGACUCAGAGAGUGAUGAAGUGACUUGUCUAUAGUUUACUUUCUUUUCUGACAUCAAUAAACUCUACAGUAGUCUCCACAUUUUCUUUCACUGUAAAGUAUAUGUGCUGCUAUAACACCAAUACAAAUGUUUACAUGCACAUAAUGCUUAAAAAAGAAGAAAAAAAAUUGUAUAUAUUUGUAAAAUUCUGUAUAUUUUUGCGUCAAGUUGUACAUGUAUAGUUUUCAUAUAUCUUUAUGUAUGUGUUUGUGUGUGUAUUUAAUGUAUGUGUUUGUGUGUGUGUGUAUCAUCAUUUUCCAUCUACAGGUUUUUUCCACUUGGAUCAUUUCACACUUUUACCCAACAGUCAUCCUUUAUAAGCUUCACAUGUUUGUAUUUGUGUAGUCUUCUCUAUUACACACUACAGCUAAUUCCCAGUUUUUCUCAAAGUGCACUUUUGCUCUGUUAUUCAUAUGCUGUUAGUGUAUGUCUAACAAAAUAUGCUCAUCUAAUGUGGUAUACUAUACAUAGAUAAGACUCAUGCAUUUCCUUUAAAAAGGUCAAUGAAAGCAAGAGUUGAAAGAUGCUUGUGUUUUAUUGACAUUCUUUGAGAAAAGGCAAAGGAAAUGUUGCUCUCUAUUCCUUGUGAAUAUAGUUAGUAUAAAUGUAUAAUUACUAACCAGUUUGUAAUUAAUUCCUCUUAUAGUGUAAAUUUUAUAGACAUUCAGUAAUAUAUCAAGCUACAUAUUUUUGCUUGGUUAUGUUUAUAAAAAAAUAUAGAUACCUUCAUCGCAAACCAAUUUUUACAGCCUACAUUUUCGUUUUCUAUAUCUAACAACCUGACCAUGAGUAACUAAAUCUUGACAUUUUUGAAGCAUUAAAUUGAGCUAUUGACUAUCUUUUAUCUUUUACUUGUUUCAGUCGUUGGACUGUGGCCAUGCCUUGAAGGGAUUUUAUUCAAACAAAUUGACCUCAGUUCUAAAUUAUUUAUAUCUGAUAUUUAUUCUAUUGGUCUUUUUUGCCAAACCACUAAGUUACAAGGAUGUAAACAAACCAACACUAGUUGGCGAGCUGUGGUGGGGAACAUAAACACAAACACAUAUUUAUAUAUCUUUCAGUUUCCAUCUACGAUAUCUACUCUUGAUAUCUUGCUUAAAGUGCCACACAGUGACACUGAACCCAGAACCAUGUAGUUGGGAAGCAAAUUCCUUACCACAAAGCUACACCUGUUAAAUUAAAGAAUAAAACUUCCAAUUUGUGGAAAUUAAUAAUUAUUGGAAUUAGGUGAAAUAAUGGUGAUGUGAUGUAUCAAAAAUGUUAGAUCUCAGUAUUUAGUUUCAACCCAUCAAGCUCUGAAUUCAAAUUCCACUGAGGCUGACUUUUCGUUUUUUAUCCCUAUGGGAUUACGAAAUCAUGUACAAUGCCAAUAUACUGAUGGCUAAUUCAUUCAUGUUAUUACAUGUCAUAUGAAAAUAAAACUGUUAUAGCAUCAUCAGUUAUUAACUUAAGUGUAUUGACCUUUUGAAUCCACAAAUACAUUUGAUUAUACUUCAGAAAAUGCAGAAGUAAUGGGCCAGAUGGAUUUGUGUUUAUAGCUGAAAAUAAUAUUUCUGCUAAUUAGUAAACUGUAAACACAAAACCAUGUGGCCAUGUAAUUUUGUGUCUUUCUGGGGGUACAGUCUAAAUAUGCUGAAGCAUAUUUAUAGGUUCAAAGGGUUAAAAGGUACCAAAAACAUUUAUAGCCUUGUUCUCUUAUAAAACAAACAAGUAAAAAUUUAAAUGGUCAGGAAUUCCAGUCAACAAUUAGUAGCUUCAUUGAUUAUUCUUUUUACUUAAAUUUCAUUAUUUUAAUUAAUGGGCUGUCUGAUAUAGAGGUUUCGAUAUUUUGCAUGUAGGUUGCAAAGCAAUGUUGGUACUUGCUUUUUUGGGGAAAUAAUAUCCUUUGUAUUCAAUUGAAAUUAUUUCAACUAUAAAUGUUUGAAAUGAAAAAGUUGGAGACAGAGAUUUUAAAUUUUAUAUAAAUAACAUACAAACUUUUGUCGUUAUUAUAUACUUCAUAUUUAUAUUAUUUCCCAAGUAUACCAUUAAAAUUUGCAUAUGAUAGGAGAAAUAUAAUCAAAAAGGCCAUAGGAGCUAAGAAAUGUAAACUUUUAUAAAUAAUAUUCAUAGCUGAAUUAUGACCUUUAAUGGGUUAAAUUCUAAAGGCUAUUUUAUCCUCAUUCUGAAUAGGUUACACUAACUUAAAGAUCAGUGUUGACAUCACUAUCAUAAGAACAUAAGUUCAAGUCCUAGAUCAGGUAGCACAUAUCUUUACUUCAAAUUGCUCAUCUACUCAGGUAAAACUGAGUACCAACCUAGACCUAGUGCAACCCUUUCUGUCUUUCUGGAGAGUCAAGGGGUGAGAGGGUCAAAAGGGAGCCUGUGUCUACUUGCAACUUCAUAGGAAUGUAAAACAAUCAGCAAAAGCAAGGUACAUGUAAGCUGGUCAUAUUUGCUUGUGUGAAGGCUAUGGGAAUAAAGGUUACAUAUUUUCAAACACCUAAU